CAAAUCAGUGUAGCAGCAGCAGAGACCACAGGACCCGCACCCGAAUAAUGACCAAUCAAAAUGGGCGGUCCGAUAAACCCAGUUUGUACCAGUUUGUCAACAACAGUUCUCACUUGACUACAUAGCCAUUGGUUAUAAAACAAGCUCAUGUCACUGUGUUAAAUCACUGUCGUUCAGAGCUGACUGACUAGCUGCGCACUUUGCAGUGUUGUAAUACACCUGUUCUACUCCCGGAAGUGGUGACGAGAUUUUUCCACGCGCAAGCGUUGACGCCAGGUAUGUCUCGCAGUUCGGGAAUCAUUCCAGAUGAAUCCAUGUUUAAUGAGUUCAAAAGACAAUGCUUGUCUACCGAGAAUUGGCUCAACAAGUAUGAUAAGAAUGACAUGGAGGUCUGGGUCGAAGUGGCCCCUUUAUCUACGACUACAAGCAACAAAGGAAACUUAGCAAAAGUGCACAAAAUCAAGUGUAGAAUGAACAUAAAGGAUGUAUCGGCUGCCACCAUGUAUGACGUGCUUCAUGACAGUCAGUACCGGAAGUCUUGGGACCCUACGAUGCUUGAGAGUUUUGACAUCGCUCGCCUGGCUCCCAAUGCUGAUGUGGGCUACUAUUCAUGGAUUUGUCCGAAACCCUUGAAGAACAGAGAUGUUGUGACUCUGCGCUCAUGGCAGGCGUCUGAAAAUGAGUAUGUGAUCAUUAACUUCUCAGUGAAACAUCCGAAAUAUCCCCCACGAAAAGAUCUGGUAAGGGCCGUUUCCCUUCUGACGGGUUACUUGAUCAAACCAACGGGGCCCAAGAGCUGCACUUUCACAUACCUCUCACAAGCUGAUCCCAGAGGGUCUCUUCCCAAGUGGGUUGUCAACAAAGCAUCUCAGGUCCUGGCUCCAAAAGUCUUAAGAAGCGUUCAUAAAGCCGGUCAGAGCUACCCCGCAUGGAAAGCAGCAAAUUCUCCCGAUCAUAAGCCGUGGCUGUACCCCAUACAGAGUGAACUGUCCAUGAUGGAUCCAGCAGAGCUGUCCAUUCAGCGUGGAGACUCGCUCGAGAACGUGGAUGAGAGCUCGUCCAGGGAUGUUCAAGAGAACGAGGACAGCAGCUAAAACGGCCCAAAGAAAAGGCGACAUCUAAACAGAUAGUCUUUAACUCUGGUCCAUGUCACAGGGUCAGUCUCUUAACUCUCACCCCACUAUUGAUUUCAGCAUUCCUCCCUCCCGCUCACGGAGUAAGAGUUUACAAUCACUGUGCUAAACUUUCCUUUAUUGAUGUCUGGGUUUCUUAAGGGCAUCACAUGUGACAUAAUGGUGCUUACUUGAACAAGGGAAAAUACUAUGCAGUUCUGCUUCUUAACUUCAUUUCGCCUUUUGAAGGUGGUUCAUUGUCUUAAAUGACUUUUUUGUUUGUUUGUUUCUGUAAUUUAUUACUAAUUAUUGGUUUAGAUGAAGCUACACCUAAAUUGUGUUAUUGACAUGCAGGUGAAUAUUGUUUGUUUGUUUCUUUAUUAAUAUAGUCAAACAUGUUUAAUCCUUAUUUUAAAUCUCCAUGGUAGGGGAAAGGUUCCUUGCAGUGUCAUCCUUUUUAUGUUUGUGUAUUUGUGUCUGUGCCUUUUCAAAGAGCUGUGUCUGUAUUGGCAUGUGUUUAAAUGAUUGACACCAAGCAACCAUGGGAGAAAACCUGUGUGUAAUGGCUUUGUAAUAUGACCAAAUCAGUCCAAGACACAAUGUGGAAUUACCUCAAGAUUUAUUACUUGAAGUGGUAUUAGUUCAUUUGCCUGUAACAGGCAAAGGUAAACAGAGAAAUGCAAUGAUAGAGCUGUUCUGUACUUCUCAAAUAUCUAUGUAUUUGGCCCUUGAACAUGAAAGAAAAUGGCAUGUUAACAACAGACAUUUGCACUAUAGGUUGCAAAGAUACCCAGAUUUAUGACAUGAUAUUUUUCUUUCUGAGGAUGGAUGGAUGGAUGAAUAUGUAAAUUUGUGUUUAAGAACUUGAAUUUCAUAUAUAUGAAGUCCUAACUCACUAAAGGGUAAUAUUGUUUUAUAACUUUUAAGUUUUUUAAUAAAUUUGUUCAGAAAUGUC